CUAGCCAUGAACACUGAGCUGCAAGAACCUGCUUCGGCCGCCAGAGAUAAGCAGGAGAACGAAGAUGCUGAUAACGAUCACGAGGAGGACGAUCCAUCGACAUUGAAUGAGAGAUCCUUUAGAGCUCAGCCGUGGACUCGCCAGAUCACAGUCAGGGGACUGAUAGUGAGCAUCAUGAUCGGGUCAAUGUACAGCGUGAUCGCCAUGAAACUGAACCUAACAACUGGCUUAGUCCCAAAUCUCAACGUCUCGGCCGCCCUGCUGGCUUUCGUGUUCAUAAGGGCGUGGAACAAUUUGGUAGGAAAAUUGGGGUACGUGACCAGGCCGUUUACUCGACAGGAGAACACCAUGAUCCAAACCUGUGCAGUCGCUUGUUACAGCAUCACGGUGGGAGGCGGGUUUGCUUCUUAUCUGUUGGCGCUCAACAGGAAGACAUACGAGCUUUCUGGGUUGCAGACGGAGGGAAACUCUCCUUAUGCUGUCAAGGAACCUGGGUUCGGUUGGAUGUUUGGCUACCUUUUUGUGGUUUGCUUUGUCGGGCUCUUCGUCUUGAUUCCACUCAGAAAGGUGAUGAUAGUGGACUUGGAAUUGGCUUAUCCCAGUGGCUUGGCGACUGCAGUUCUUAUCAAUGGAUUCCACAAUCGAGGGGACGAGAUGGCGAAGUAGGUAUUUUUAUUCAAGAUUUUGAUUACAGCCAUGUUGUUGUUCUGUUCGUCGGAUAAAAAAGUUUCGAUCUUUAUGGUUUUUUUUACAGAAAACAGGUGCGUGGGUUCAUGAAGUACUUUUCAGUCUCCUUCCUGUGGGCACUGUUCAAGUGGUUCUAUGCUAAAACAGAGCAAUGCGGGUUCAACCAGUUCCCUACCUUUGGGUUGAAAGCUUGGAAGCAAACGUUUUUCUUUGAUUUCAACACAACGUAUGUGGGAGCAGGGAUGAUCGUCUCCCACCAAGUCAACCUGUCUCUGCUUUUCGGAGCUGUGCUAUCUUACGGGAUCAUGUGGCCGCUCAUCGGCGGCCUCAAAGGGAAGUGGUUCGAAGCCGAUUUGCAAGAAAGCAGCAUGAAGAGCUUAUAUGGUUACAAGGUCUUCCUGUCUGUGGCACUCAUCCUUGGAGAUGGGAUCUACAACUUCAUAAAGAUUAUGAGCUUCACAAUCAUCAACAUCCACGGAAGGUUGAAGAACAAGAAGCUGAAACCAGAAGGGGCAGGGGAAGUUCAGGAGGAUAAGAAAGAAAUAGAGCUUUUCCUGCGAGAGAAGAUACCCAUGUGGGUAGCAAUGGCGGGCUACAUAGCCUUCUCAAUCCUGUCCACAAUCGUGGUUCCGACCAUAUUCCCACAGCUCAAAUGGUACUACGUCGUCGUAGCAUACGUGCUCGCUCCAUCUCUGGCCUUCUGCAACGCCUACGGCGCCGGCUUAACCGAUAUCAACAUGGCUUACAACUACGGCAAAAUUGCUCUGUUUGUGCUCGCAGCUGUGGCCGGGAAACAGAACGGCGUCGUUGCAGCUCUGGCCGGCUGCGGGCUGAUCAAGUCCGUGGUCUCCGUGGCCUGCAUUCUGAUGCAGGACUUCAAGACGGCUCACCUGACACAGACGUCGCCGAGGGCGAUGUUCGUGAGCCAGGUGAUCGGAACUGCCAUCGGCUGUCUGAUGGCGCCGUUGAGCUUUUUCUUGUUCUACAAGGCAUUCGACGUGGGGAACCCGUACGGAGAGUUCAAAGCUCCGUAUGCCUUGAUAUACAGAAACAUGGCGAUUCUAGGGGUGGAGGGCUUCUCGGCUCUGCCACGGCAUUGCUUGCAGCUCUGUUACGGGUUUUUCGCCUUCGCGGUGGGGGUUAAUAUGGUGAGGGACGCAGCUCCUGGGAAGGUAGUGAGAAGAUGGAUGCCGUUGCCGAUGGUGAUGGCUAUUCCGUUUCUGGUCGGGGCGUAUUUCGCCAUCGAUAUGUGCAUCGGAAGCUUAGUUGUGUAUGCUUGGAGCAAACUGAAGCCGAGGAAGGCAGAGUUUAUGAUCCCGGCGGUUGCUUCUGGGUUGAUUUGUGGGGAAGGGCUGUGGACUCUUCCGUCGGCGGUUCUUGCUCUGGCUAAGGUCAAACCGCCGAUCUGCAUGAAGUUUGUGGGUUCCUAGGCAAGGAGUUCUUGAUACAAUGCUUAGCCUACUCACAAGCCCCUACCGAAUCCCGAUUCCUCGAGCUUCAAUACCGGUGCAUACUGGAAUGAUCUAAAGAAACUAAUAGAAAAUUUGAGUGAUUUACAGUAAGAAUCAUCACACUUUGCAUAUUAUAACUCGCAGAAGACCGACAAAUGACGAACCAAACUUUGCACUUUGCAGCAGAAUGGGGGGGAAGCCACUGUGUCUCUUACUUCAUUGAUGAUACAGCAAAAGUUUCACAAAAGAAUCAAGCGCUGAAACAGUGAUUCUACAAUAUACAAAUUUUGUUAUUCCACAAGUCCGAAUUGGGAUGCACGAAGCUAUAAUUUCACAAUGAUGUUCUAUGGCUUGGUGGACGCAAGAGAAC